ACCCGGCGGAAUGAGGUUAGACUGCGUUUACCACUGGGGAAAGGAAAGGGAAGAGCGCUGCGCACAGCAUUUUGGGAACGUGUGGUAUUCUGGGAGCGCGGGGUUCGCCAUUCGCCUUCUGCACGCCUUUCUCGUCGUAUCUCCUGUGUUAGUUGCUUGCGCCGAAGAGGAGGAGGGAAAGGAGACCGCAGCGGGUGAAAAAAGACCUCAGAACUGUCGCCCUGUCAAGAUGUCUAUUGGUGUGCCAAUUAAAGUCCUGCAUGAGGCGGAGGGCCACAUUGUAACAUGUGAGACAAACACUGGUGAAGUCUAUCGAGGGAAGCUCAUUGAAGCAGAGGACAACAUGAAUUGCCAGAUGUCCAACAUCACAGUCACGUACAGAGAUGGCCGAGUGGCACAGCUGGAGCAGGUGUACAUCCGUGGCAGCAAGAUCCGCUUCCUGAUUCUGCCUGACAUGCUGAAAAAUGCACCCAUGUUAAAGAGCAUGAAAAAUAAAAACCAAGGCUCAGGGGCUGGCCGGGGCAAAGCUGCUAUUCUGAAGGCCCAAGUGGCUGCAAGAGGAAGAGGACGUGGAAUGGGACGUGGAAAUAUCUUCCAGAAGCGAAGAUAACUUUCUCUGUUAAGCAGAACUGUCCCUGCAUUUUUUAUUUAGGAUAUCUUGAGUUCAUGAGGGUGAAUAUAUGUCUUAGGGGUUUUAUUUGACCAUUUUCUGUUUAGAUCAGAAGAAAUGUUAAGCUAAAUAAAUCUGGUUGCUUCAUUUUUUGAGAAAA